AUGCAUCUGUGUCAGUUUCUAUUCACAGCACAGACAGGUGUGAGGUGGACGCAAACAAGUCGGAAAAUACUCAUGUCACUCACCAUUGCCACUUGAGGUUGAGGAUCUAGGCACCUGUGAAGGCGUGAGAGGCUGUAAGAUGUCUGAGGACCACGGGAGCUUGACGCUUAGUGACGAGGACAGUGAGGAAGACCUCCACUACCUCCAUUACGCCCAUGCCAGGCAACCCACUGAACUGCAGGGCACUGUAUCAAAAUGGACAAACUAUAUCCAUGGAUGGCAAAAUCGAUAUAUGGUGCUGAAAGAUGGCACCAUGAGUUACUACAGGAAUCACGACGAAACACCAUUUGGUUGUCGAGGUUCCAUAAGUGUUCAGAAAGCCCAUGUCAAGCCCCAUGAAAUAGACGAGUGUCGUUUUGAUGUGUGUUUGAAUGACUGCGUGUGGUACUUGCGGACCAACACUGAGGAGGAGAAGCACCAGUGGGUCGAUGCCAUUGAACAGCACAAGUACCUGGAGAGCGAAGGUCUUCGGCGGCAUGGCAGUACUAUUUCGCUCACCUCCAAUACCUUAUCCACUACAUCUGGCUCUUCACUUAAGAAAUCAAAAGGACUGAAAGAGAAACUGGCAGAACUGGAGACAUACCGAGAUAUUUUGUUGCGUCAGAUGGACACCUUGCAGUCGUAUUUUGAUGCUUGUGCUGAAACUGUCAAGGAUGGAAAGACUACUGAACCCACAUGUAAUGGCCAUGAACCAGAGCACGAUGGCAUGAUAGAAGUAGGUGUGGCUGCUGAAUGUGGCCUCGGAGAAUCUCCUAAUGCUGGGGGCAGGAAGUUUUCCCCUCUUCACCUUCCGCAUUCUCAUGUUAGUAAAGAAACUCUACAAAAACAUGGGGCUUAUGCAUUGGAUUUCCGUGGAGAAGCACUCACUUUCAAGGCAACAACAGCUGGUAUCCUUACUACCUUAAGCCAUUGUGUGGAAGUUAUGAACCAGAGGGAAGAGUCUUUCAAGAGACGUUUAGAGCGUGAAGGAGAGAAGCACAGGCGACUAGAAGAGAAGUUGAAGCAUGCUCUUGCUGAUAAUGUGAAAGAAAUGCCAACUUCCAGAAGAAUGGUAGUCAUGGGAGGACCUGAUUAUGAGGAAGGACCCCAUAGUGUAAUAGGAGAGGAUGAGUUCUAUGAUGCUGUUGAAUCAGCUCUGGACAAAAUGGAUGAGGAGGAGGAGUUCAGGGAACGUUUACGUCUGAAGCAAUUAGCAACGCCUCAGAAACCUGCAGCCGCUCACCCUCUUUGGCCUCAAAUUGAAAAACUGACACUGGAGCAGCUUGGCUAUGCACAGCAAGGUGUGGAGGGUGGCAUUUGGCAGAUCUUUGCAGAAGAAGGGGAAAUGAAGAUGUAUCGGCGAGAGUUGGAGGAAGAUGGACUGGUUGUGGAUCCAUUGAAGGCUGUGCAUCAAGUAAGAGGAGCUACAGCACACGAGAUGGCUCACCAUUUCUGGUCACCUGAUGUUAGAUUUGAAUGGGAUACUAGUAUUGAACAGAUGACAGUCUUGGACAGGAUAUCAAAUGAUACGAUAAUUUUCUUGCAAUUACACAAGAGAGUUUGGCCAACAGCACAGCGUGAUGCUCUCUUUUGGUCACAUAUACGACAGAUACCCUCCACAGAUCCUGCCAAUGGAAGUGCUCGUGAUACAUGGAUCGUAUGUAAUCAAUCCACAGAACAUCCAGAUGCCCCUAAUGAUGGAAAAUGUGUUCGGGUUGACCUUACAGUUUGUUUCGUGUGUCAAACAUUCAUCGAACCUCCACCUGCUGAGGGUGAACCUUUGACACGAGACAAUCUUUUGACAAAGAUAACAUACUGCUCUGUAGUGAAUCCUGGCGGAUGGGCUCCAGCCUCUGUGCUCAGGGCGGUGUACAAGCGUGAAUAUCCAAAGUUCCUCAAGAGGUUCACACAGUAUGUUGUUGACAAAUCUGCUGACCAGCCUAUAGCAUUCUCAGGGUUGAAGAUAAAAGAUCACAGUAAGCACUGGAGAGGUUAAUAACUUUUAUUUUCAUCAAGUUCAAAAGGUUUUGGCUGUGAUUAAAGGAACUGGGAACUGCUACCAAAGUAUCAUUAUAGUACUGCCAGAUAUAACUAACCUCCAAAGCUUUGUAAUAUGGCCUUGGACAAAUUUUAUGCUCACACUUGUAGAUGAGUAACAGAGACUGUAUUUUAUUAGAAUAUGAGGAUUACAGGUGAGAGUAUGCAUUUAGGGGAAAAUGCUGCUAACACUCUUGGAAGUUUUAGGGUCAGAGUGUAGUCAGUUUAUUGCCAGUCUGAAAUGGUUUAGCAUAUUUUAUACUUUAAAUGAGUAAAUAAGUUUGGUACUCGGUACUAUUGCAGAAGUACAAUAUUAAGUUGCUAGAAGGCUUGUUAACUUGACCUUUCCUGAAACUUCAUAUUCAAGAAGUUUUCCAUAAUUAUGAAUAGUUAAUCUUACAAUGGAGAACAGUGGAGGUAUACUAUAGCUGUACAGAAAUGUUUGUGUAAAGAGACAGGAAUGAAAAGAAGUUGUAUGUGAAUAUUGGAAGCGGUAAUUAAACUGAUGAUAAAGGGAUACGAUCAUGAGUGAGUUGCCCUCCUUCAGGAUGAGUAGUUAUUUACACUACCAGGAGAAUGCAGUGGGUUUUCCCUUCCACCAGUAAAUUGCAGUGGGUUCCUCCUUCCACUGAGAGAGUGUAGUGGGUUCCCCUUCCACUGGGAGAGUGCAGUGGGUUCCCCUUCCACUGGGAGAGUGCAGUGGGUUCCCCCUUCCACUGGGAGAGUGCAGUGGGUUCCCCCUUCCACUGGGAGAGUGCAGUGGGUUUCCCCUUCCACUGGGAGAGUGCAGUGGGUUUCCCCUUCCACCGGGAGAGUGCAGUGGGUUCCCCCUUCCACUGGGAGAGUGCAGUGGGUUCCCCUUCCACUGGGAGAGUGCAGUGGGUUCCCCUUCCACUGGGAGAGUGUAGUGGGUUUCCCUUCCACUGGGAGAGUGCAAUGGGUUCCCCUUCCACCAGGAGAGUGCAGUGGGCUGAUCUGCCCCUUCUGGUGCAGCGAGAGAUGUAUGCUUUAUCAGAAGAAAUUUACAUUUCAUCUUGAUGAUAUGGAACUAGUCUACUUUCACCUUUUUGGUUUUACUUUAUUUUUGUCACGACUUUGUGCUCUCUUCAUUAACACUAUGAAAAAGGUAAUGUAAAACAGAGGUCACCAGGUUAUUAAUAGUGGACUUGUCAGUUAGAAACCACUUUCUGGGCUGGCCUUCAGUAGCUUCCCACAGCAUUGACUCUGGUACCACAGACAUACCCACAAAAUCAUGCAAGCCUGUCAAACACCAGGGGCCAGAUUCACGAAGCAGUUACGCAAGUAUUUACGAACAUGUACAUAUUUCCUCAUUCUUUGACGGCUUUGGUUAUAUUUAUUAAACAAUUUACAAGCAUGAAAACUUCCCAAUCAACUGUUGUUAUUGUUAUAAACGGCUUCUUGGUGCUUCAGGUUCAUUAACUUUAAUAAUUGUAAACAAAUCCACCAAAGAUUGAGAAAAGAUGUACAGGUUCGUAAGUGCUUGUGUAACUGCUUCGUGAAUCUGGCCCCCUGAACCAGAAUCUGGUGGGCUUAUGGAGUCGAGGAAGCAUGGGGAUCUAAGAUUGACCCAAAACAAAGUAAAACUGUCCAGAAAGUACAAAUGAAGCACACACAAACUAAUGGUACUUAUUUUGAUGGAAAGAGAAAAUAUUUAAAUGGGAGUGGUAGGUAGGUAGGGAGUGGUCCCAAUGUCAGAGAACCAUGCAAUAGUAUCAGAGCGCAGCACUAGGGUUCCAUUUCAAGUCAACCAUGGGUCUAACCUACCUGCCUUCUCUGACAGAUGCAUGGUACCAAACACAUUACUCCUCUGCAAGAACAUACUUUUUCUCGUGCCGAUUGGGAUUGGUGUUCCUUGGGACUUUGUCCGAUGGAAGAGGUGGGUGGUGGGUGCACACAUAAUAUUUCUGUUUUCAUUACACUUCACAAUUGUUAAUGCUCUUCAUCUUGUGUGUCAAUAUCUUAUUAGUUCGCCCAACUUUAUUUCAGGGUAACUUUCCUAAGCGUCACCUAGCUCUUAUUGGUUCCUAACUAGAGUUACCUUCUCUGAGGGGGUUUGAGUGUCCUUUCCUUGGCUUUCUUUCUCUAAAGUUGUCCCAAUAUCUGGAUAGUACUUUGGACUAGGUCCUCAUGCCAGGAAUUUGGCAAAAAAAAAUAGCUACUCACCUUUUGGAUGUUCUCUCAGCCUCACUGGGCUUAUGUGGUUCUUGUUUACCUUUCCAUUCUUUGCAUUUCUCCUUUCCUGAACCCUAGAUUUCCAGCCUUUUAACCCAAUGGUUAACCCAAAGUCCCUCCAUCUUUAUUUGUGCCUUUAGAGUACCUUUCUGAGGCAUUGUUUUGAGUAUGCACUGAGUAGUUACUGAGGGCCAGCUCAGAAAUCAAGUGUAAAUUAAAUGAAAUUCUCUCUUUUAGGUGACCUUGGUAGGUCACCAAACCUGGUUGACUUUGGCCAUUUUUUGGUGUGUGAGAAGGGGGGGGGGGGGCAAACAGAAUGUGUUGGGGGUGAUACACGAGUGAAGCAGGCAGGCAUCUUGGAUCCCUGGCUGAUUUUAGUUACCACCUGGUGAAAUGGUUAAGUACAAGUGCAUGGUUUGUUGACAUUAGGUAAACUUUCACUUAUCUUGUUUUCAGCUUUUCUCUUUUUAUGCAAAAAGUAAUUUGUUUUGCUUCUGUACUUUAUGGACAAUUUUAAUCUGUUCUGGGUCAAUGUCAUGCUCCCAUUACCUCUUGUGGGCACACCAGAUUCUAGUCAUGGUGUUGGGUAGGCCUGCACAAUUCACGAGGCCUAGCACUGUAGUAGAUGUCUGUCGUAUCAAAGACAAUACACGGGAGAGCUACUGUGGCUGCUUAGAGAAGAUUUUUCUUUAUACUAAAUGCUUGAUUUAUUCUUACAGUCUAG